CUUCAAUUCAGCUGUGUAUUCAGUGACAGAGCAUUUACCCUGCCGCAGACUAUGCAACUUUGCUUCGGCAGUAGCACAGCAGCUGAGAUCAUCAAAAACCUGAUUCAUCGCGGUCAAAAAGGUCUCAAAAUUAUUUAGAGUGGCACUGUCUUGGUGUAAGGGGAGGCCCAAGCUAGAGCUUCCCCGUCAGAAGUCCAAUAAUAAACAUUACCUUCUUAUUCUCUGAAGGAAAUACAGCAUUUGGAAAUAUAUACAACACUGAUAAGGGAACCCCUGUAAUGGCGGUGGUCGCCAUUAAACUUAGAUGGUUGAGUCUGGGUCAUGUGUGUGUUAAUAUCAUCUCGGUCAAACAGAUGUCUCUGCAGAUUAUGAAUCUCCCACUGUUGCCUAUCCACUAUACUUUCUUGAUAGGUAACCCCAAAUUCCUGCAGCUCAGCAAUUUGCUGCCUAAGAGGAGCCACAAUGUUUGCUAUAGCGGUCUCCAU